UCUUGCUUGCAGUAGUAAUCAGGCAUCCGCGCAAGAUGGAACGAAAGUUGUUAGUUUUGGUGAUUAUACUCAUAGUCCCGGGGAAGGGCACAGAUGUUGAGAUCAACAGUACCGUUAGUUCUUCCAGUUUUGGAUAUGAGCUGACCAUGACGGGACUGGAAGCAGUCAACUACAAUUUGCAAAAGGAUCAUCUUCGCUCCAAGGAGUACCACCAGGUGAUGUCCGCAGAAAUCGAAGACCUCCGGAAGGCGGUGACGACUACAGAAGCACUGGUUAUGCGACAAGCUAGUGUGUUGAAUAACGUUGAAGCUCAGUUGAAGAAGCUGUCAAAAACUGUCGAACUGGUCGAUGAAGUUCCGAGUAUAAAGAACGAACUGGAUCUACUAUCAUACAAUAUUUCUCGUGUUCUUAGUGACACCAGUAAAAUUUACCGAGCUCAACAAACCCUGGCCACAACGAAAAUUUUGAACGAUUUCCUGUUACAACUUUUUGGCAAUCAACUGCGGUCCAAGGUUACCUCGCCGAUGCUUACACUUCUACCAAAAGAGCUACCACAAUCUUGCACGGACGUUGGUGAUCUACGCUCAGGAGUUCAUCGAAUUCAUCCACAGUCUGGAUUCAAGGACUCCUUCGAUGUGUACUGUGAUCAAAACUACCUGGAAGGAGCUUGGACCGUAAUUCAAAAUCGCUUUGAUGGAUCAGUAAACUUUUACCGUGGAUGGAAUGAGUACGAGCACGGAUUCGGUAAUUUGCGGGGUGAAUUUUGGCUUGGGUUGAAAAAAAUUCACGAACUCACGUAUGCAAAACAACACGAGCUGCACAUUGUCAUGGAAGACUUUGAUGGGAAAACGGCUGUCGCCAAGUAUAGUCACAUGCUGGUGGGUGGUGCAGAAGAAAAGUACGCCCUCAACAGUUUGGGAACGUACAGUGGAGACGCCGGAGACUCCCUUCGCUUUGCAGUUAAGCAAAAAUUUUCGACGCUCGAUUCCGAUAACGAUUCCCAUGCUCCUGAUAAUUGUGCUGUGCUGUACCAGAGCGGAUGGUGGCAUGCUGCGUGUCACGAGAGUAAUCUCAACGGAUUGUAUCUGAAAGGGAAACAGGAGGUAUUCGCCACGAUGAUGUGUUGGAAGGCAUUCCGAGGCUACAACUAUGGGUUGAAACGCUCACGGAUGAUGAUUCGCCCCGUCACCUGAAAUGCAGGAAAAAAAAAACCUAUUCGUA